AUGACGGACCUCGCGACUCGCCCAGGCUCCGCUGGCAGCCCUGCCUUGGCCACCGGCGUCGCCCCGAGCGUGAGUGCGAUGUUGGCGGAUCCGUCUCGACCGCUGCUCCCGUUCGAGCGCUAUGAUUCUGCGGGCGAUCCCGUCUCGAACGAGCGCACGUCCGAAGAUGGCAUCGAGGUCGUACCAGCACCGGAGGACUUUUUGCUCAACAAGGCAUCAACGUGAGUGCGAGCUGGGAUCCUCUACCUCCUGGCCACCCACUCACCCCGGUACACCGCCGCUUCUCGCGCUUUCGACACGGUACAGAUCCACGUCGGUUCGACCUCGUUCGGCCGGUUUGGGCCAGCCGUCAUUUUCGUCGCUGCUCGCACCGUUCGGGGUCGAUCUGAGGAAAAAUCGCUCGCUCGAGGUCAAACUCGUGCCCGCACCGCUGCAUCCUCGUUCGUCCAGCCAAACUGGAUUCAUGAGUGAGUCUGACAUCUCAAGUGGAUGCAUGUUGUACCUCGUCGUGACCCUAGACCUGGCCUCACGUGCGUCGGCGUUACCGGAUCUCCCAGCACCAAGACCGGCUCAACCGUACCCCGAGACCGAGAACGAGCGCGCUCGCCAAGGUGAGCUUGCACUCAUGCCUCUUUCCAUUCUUUGGAAAAUUUGACGUCACUGAUAAAGGUCUCUCGAUACCGUAGGACCGCACUAUGUCUACGUUCCCAGGGCGCCACCACCACCGUUCCGACGACCAGGCGCCCCUGCGCCCCCACCCCGUCACGUCUCUUCUGGUCCGAUGCAAGAUGGACCCUAUUACCGAAAUGGCGGUCUGGCUCCUUCUCCUGCUACGUCCUCUCCGUACUACAACGGUCAGGGCAAGCUCUUGACGCCUAGCUCGAUCCGACCCCAGGCGAUGAUCAAGCAGCAGAAUUCUGCCGGCGCCCGCUCGAGACCGAACCACGCUGCCGAACCAGCCUACUCGGCUCGCGUGGCCUCUUCGCUACCGGUUCACAACCAACCUGUCCCCGAUGUAUCGUACCGCGUCGUCGCUGCGUCGUCUCGGAUGCCCGCAGUGCCAGCAGGGAACCGAGCUCCCGUCCGAGAAAGUGGACCGAUGCGCAAAGCCCCCUCGCGUGAUCGACCUCUGCCGGAUGUCGCCGCACCCAAGAGUGGCAGCCGCGAGCCAGUAUACCUACAACGCAGGGCAAACACCAACGCUGGAGUCGAGCGCGAACGUGCCGCGUCGCCUCGCUUGGUCUACUUCAACGAGCCGAUACCGGCUGCUGCCCAGGUCGGACCGGACGGAACCGUGCUCGCGCCUGUUCCGCUCCCACCGCUCAUCGGAGGGCCAUCACCAGAGGGAGGACAGAAGUUGAAACUCGCAGGUCGGUGGGCCGAUCUUGCGGACGGAACGAUUGCGGGCGAGCAUGGAGAAUAUUACGACGGAGCAGGAGCGUACCUCGAGGAGUAUUAUGCCCAGGAGUACGAUGAGUAUGGACAGCCUAUCCCGAAGCGACAACGGCUCGGGUGGGAUCCAAACGAUCCUGGUGGAUACGGUUUGGACAUGUGGGAUGACGACGGCGAGAUCAUGAUGGAUAGCGAUGAUGAGGAGUUUGGGAUCCGGCAACGUGGUGGAGGUGGAACGAGAGGUGGCCGAGGUCGGGGCAGGGCUGGUGAGCAACUCUCUCUAAGUCAGAUUCCUAAGGGAGACAUUGAGUUGCUGAUGAAGGCUUCCACAUUUUCCUAACUUCCGUACUCAGCUCGCUCUCGACCGACACCUGCAAAUGCGGCGGACGUCGGCGAACGAUCGCUCGCUGGAACGUACUGGACUCCGCCAUCCCUCAAACCUUUUGCGUGCCCAAACCCCGAAUGUGACAAGCGCUUCAAGAACGCCAAUGGUGUUAAGUACCACACACUCCACGGUACAUGUCACACCGCGGCGGUCGCGCCCGACGGAUCCAUGGAACUCGACGAGUCCAAACCCCACGUCUGCUGGUCCCCUGAUUGUGACCGAUCCUACAAGAAGUGAGUCGCAGCUCUCCGCUUACGUAGUCGAUCUUCCCUGAGAUACGAUCAUCCUUCACAGCGCGAAUGGUCUACGGUACCACUACGCUCACUCGGGUGCCCACGGUGCCCGAGGUGCCGAGAUGCUCCGUUUGGGCACACACCCGAAGCCGCUCAAGACGGACAAGCGCAAGCGCCCUGGCCGGCCCGUUGGAUCGGGAGAUGAAGGAUCACCUACCCCUUCCGAAAGCAACGUCGGCACCCCUCGCGUCAGCUCGGGCCUCGGUCGUCAUUCCUACUCGGCUGCGGUUUCGGACGAGGAAGACAGCUCGGCUGCGAAUUACCGUCGCAAGGCUCGAGCUUCAGGGACAUCGAUCAAGCUCUCGACCACUGCUCCUGCGAUCGCGGCUCUUCUCGGAUUAACCCCUGGCUCUGCCGGCAAGGAGCCAAGAUCCAAGCAUCAAUCUUCGAGCUUUGCCCCACCCGCCUCGUCGAACAAGCAGCCCGAUUCGCAGUACUCGAGCUUCGCAACCCCUCGCGAUCGCGCCAUCACUGGGUCCACCGAUGCCGACUCCAACGACUGGUACGGAUCGGAAGCCUCGUUCGCCGACUUCCCUGCGGGACCCACGGCUGGCUCGGGUGGUGGACGAGGAGCGAGCAAGAAGAAGAAGAAGGCCGUCAAGAACCGCUCGGCGCACAAGUUCACAUCGUGGAAGAAUAAUUUCCCCAACGCUGGGACGGGCGAGGGAUCGGCUUUGGGCUUUGAUGCGGGUACGGAUACGAUGGGCGAUAUUGAUGCCGAGGGGGAAAUUGAUGAGGGUUAUGCGGAUGACUACGAGAUGCAAGGAGUCGUUCACGCUUGA